AUGAGUGAUCUUACACCAUCAUUGUCGUCGAUAUUGGUCAAACAGCAUUCUGCGAAGCCCAUCGCAGGUCACUCCGACUAUGGCGCAGCCAAUCUCGACUCGUUCUUAAAAGAGGCAUAUCAAAUCAACAGGUCUAUCUCCUCACUACUGUCCUACCUACGCGCGAUUCGCACUCCCUAUCUUUCGACCGCGCCGCCUGCACGACAGUCCAGACGACCGCAGUCAGUAGCUGCGCCGAUUACGGGGUCAACAAAUACUCUGGCGGAUAUCCCCGAGCAUCUUUCAGAUUCACAGCGGGAGGCAAUAGACAGCCAAACGUCAUCGGUAUUACGGGAUAUCAAUAAUCACAUUGUCAACAUCUCAUCUGCAGUCAAUCUGCAGCACGAAACGUCUACCAAAAUUCUCGAGAAGAAAUAUGGCCAGCCAAAUUCAGUGCUAUGGCGUUGGGCGGCUGGGGAUGGCGAUGCGCCUGAUGCAGGGAAGCCAGAGGAUCAAUUGAUGGAGGAGGGAAAGGUCAAGAUGCUCAAAUCGAUGCGCGACGGAGUGCUGUGGUACUUGGGGAAAAUGCUCAAGGAUGCGGUCACCGCGCAGCAGGAGAUGGUGGAGAAGCGACUGGAUCGAGAACGAGAGAAACAAAUGAGCGUUCUCUACGACCCGAGGAACAAGGGUGUUAAAGCUAGGAGCGAUUUCGAGGGCAUGCUGGAUGGAGCCGAGCUCAAGAGUGGGAGAGAUCUACGAGGGCACGACAAGUACAACCCAGCGCUGGACGCGUCUCAAGGUGGUGAGCAGGAGUUGACCUCUGAGCAACUACAGUUAUUCGAAGAGGAGAACAAAGGCAUCUUUGAGCAUUACAACGACCAACUGGCGAAAGUGACACAAGUGGAAAAGAGUCUCCUGGAGAUAGGCAGUCUACAACGGACACUUGUUGGUCACCUGGGAGUGCAAGGGGAGAUGAUUGAGCAAUUGGUGCAAGAUGCAGCUACCACGGAUGAAAAUGUGCGAAAGGGCAACAAGGAGCUGAAGAAGGCAAGUGAGAGAAGCAGUACUGCAAGAUUGGUGUUCUAUGCAACGGCAGGGUUCUGUUCUUUCCUCGUGGUUUGGGACUUGAUAUUCUGA